UAUGUGUCACUGACUCAAAAUACUUAAAUUUCGUUUCAUCGCGUUUCGAUUACACGCGAACCACUGUGCUUCGUUGAUAGCUGAUAUAAUAAAAAAAAAGAAGGCAAAAACUGGUAUUUCUCAGCGACUUUUCCACAUUAUUUUAAUUUCUGCUGAUUAAGUUCGCCAUUCGAUAAUGAAAAAUUAUUCAGAUAGACACAAAAAAAACCUCAGCUGGAGCAGCAGUAGCAGCAGCAGGUAGCAGCAGUAGUUGUAACUCGAAUCGAAUAUAUAUAAACACAUACAGCUAUGGCCGAUGCUCGCAUACAGUUCAAAGGGCUCAAGGGCUUUCCCGCAACAGAGCAGGACAAGAUCGAGACGCAAGCGUUUUUGAAUGCGUCCAAGGAAAUUGUAACUGUCAUUGAGACCUUUGGCAAACUCUUUACGCCCGUUAUCAAAGAUAUGAAUGGGAAUAUAAAUAAACUAACCAAAGUCUAUGGCACGGACGUUCUCAAGUAUAAUUAUCUAGAAGAUAUGAUUGUGUUGAAUGUGAAUGUCGACGACUACGCGUCGACUGCGUUGCUCUGGCUGAAACGUGGCCUUCAGCUGAUCUGCACCUUCUUCGAGAACAUCUACAACGACGCACAGCGCAAGGAGGCGCUCAAGCCACAUCUGCAGGAUGCCUAUGAGAAAACCCUAAAGCCCUACCAUGGCUUCAUUGUGCAGAGCACCAUUAAGAUCAUCUACAGCUGGGUGCCCACGCGUAGCCAGCUUCUUGGCCAGGGACCAGCACAGCUGGAGAACAUUGAGGUGUUGACCAAUUAUUUGCCUACCAUGCGAACGCAUCUGGAUCGGAUUGACGCGCUGCUCAAGGCGCACAAUUUGGAUGAUGCGAGCAAAGUGUGAUUUGC